ACAGCAGAAGAGGAAGAGGAAGAGAAGGAUUUUUUGCUCCCCUUUGAACUUCUUGGACAUCCAGUGACAAUUCCCAAACUGCCCCCGAUGCCGGACUGGGUCCGAGUCCUGAUGGAGUACCGCUUCCCUUCCAGCAUCGACCCGUUCACCGAUCUGAUCUACGUCAUCUGGCUCUUCUGUGUCGUGGCGGCCUGGAACUGGAACGUGUGGUUGAUUCCCGUCCGCUGGGCGUUCCCCUACCAGACCCCUGAGAACCUCCACCUGUGGCUGCUGAUGGACUACACCUGCGACCUCAUCUACGUCACCGACAUCCUGGUCUUCCAGCCCAGACUGCAGUUCGUCCGCGGAGGAGACAUCGUGUGUGAUAAGAAGGACAUGAGAGAGAACUACAUGACCACUGAGAGGUUUAAGAUGGACGUCAUCAGUCUGUUUCCCAUGGAGAUACUUUACUGCUUCACCGGAGUGAACUCUCUGCUGAGAUUCCCUCGUCUGCUGAAGUACAUGGCUUUCUUUGAGUUCAACGACAGAAUGGAAGCCGUGAUGAAGAAAGCGUACAUCUACAGGGUGAUCCGGACCUCUACCUACCUGCUGUACUCUCUGCACAUCAAUGCUUGUCUCUUCUACUGGGGGUCAGACUAUGAAGGACUGGGAUCCACCAAGUGGGUCUACGACGGGAAAGGAAACGCUUAUAUUCGCUGUUACUAUUUUGCCGUGAAGACGUUGAUCACCAUCGGAGGACUACCGGACCCCACCACCGUCUUUGAGAUCUGCUUCCAGCUCAUCAAUUACUUUGUCGGCGUCUUUGCCUUUUCCAUCAUGAUCGGUCAGAUGAGAGACGUGGUCGGAGCUGCGACAGCCGGUGAGAACUACUACCGAGCCUGCAUGGACAGCACCGUCAAGUACAUGACGUCCUACAACAUCCCCGGAGAGGUCCAGAACCGCAUCAAGACCUGGUACGACUACACCUGGAAGAGCCAGGGCAUGCUGGGUAAGAGGAAUCCUCAGUUUGUGUCCCAGUAAAAGAUAUUUUUCUUCAGUAGGCAACAU